AUCGACCCGCCCGGGGUAAGGCGAGUCAAAAUAGCAACAGUGUCAGCAGCAGCUUGCAACAGUAGCAAUACCAGCACAGGGCUACUGCUUGCAACAGUAGCAAUACCAGCACAGGGCUACAGCUUGCAACAGUAACAAUAACAUCAUAGGGCUACAGCUUGCAACAGUAGCAAUACCAGCACAGGGCUACAGCUUGCAACAGUAACAAUAACAUCGUAGGGUUUAACCGAGCGGGGUUGCAGAUACCCAGAGGGGUUGUAUUAUUUGUGCAAGCUGUAAGGAGGUGAAGCCAUCAUGUUGACACCGAUGGAAAACCGCAGGGUGACCCAGGUAGAAAACCGCAGGGUGACCCAGGUAGAGAGCCACAUCACGACCCAGACGGAAGAAAGCUUGCAAUACAAUCACCACAACUACGAGUACGAGCUGCAGGAAUACAUGCUGCAAGAGGACGAUUGGGACAGGGACCUGCUCCUGGACCCUGCCUGGGAGCAGCAGCAGAGAAAGACCUUCACUGCUUGGUGCAAUUCACACUUGCGAAAAGCUGGCACUCAGAUUGAAAAUAUUGAGGACGAUUUCAGAAAUGGCCUUAAACUUAUGUUGCUGUUGGAAGUUAUUUCAGGUGAACGACUCUCAAAGCCAGACCAGGGCAAGACGCGGUUCCAUAAAAUUGCGAAUGUUAACAAAGCUUUGGAUUACAUAGCCGGCAAAGGAGUAAAACUUGUGUCAAUUGGUGCUGAAGAAAUAGUAGAUGGGAAUGCGAAGAUGACUCUUGGAAUGAUUUGGACUAUCAUUCUCCGUUUCGCUAUUCAAGAUAUAUCUAUAGAGGAAACAUCUGCGAAGGAGGGCCUACUGCUUUGGUGCCAGAGAAAAACUGCUCCAUACAGGAACGUAAAUGUACAGAAUUUCCAUACGAGCUGGAAAGAUGGCCUUGCUCUCUGUGCUCUCAUCCACCGACAUCGACCUGAUCUUAUUGACUACUCCAAGCUGCAGAAGGAUGAUGCGCUUUACAACUUGAACCUUGCUUUUGAGAUUGCAGAAAAAGAACUGGAUAUUCCUAAAAUGCUGGAUCCCGAAGAUUUUGUAAAUACAGCAAGACUUGACGAAAGAGCUGUUAUGACUUAUGUUUCCUGUUACUACCAUGCGUUUGCGGGUGCAAGGAAGGCUGAGAUGGCAGCCAACAGGAUAUGUAAGAUACUGGGCGUUAAUCAGGAGAAUGAAAAUUCAAUGGCAGAUUAUGAAAAGCUAUCCAGUGAGCUCCUGGAGUGGAUUCAGAGGACCAUCCCUUGGCUGGAGAAUCGGACCUCGGAGAAGACCAUGCAGGCCAUGCAGCAGAAGUUGGAGGACUUCCGAGACUAUCGGCGCCUGCACAAACCGCCCAAGAUCCAAGAGAAAUGCCAGCUGGAAAUCAACUUCAACACAUUGCAGACCAAGCUGAGGAUCAGCAACAGACCAGCCUACAUGCCAUCUGAGGGCAAGAUGGUCUCAGACAUUGCAAGUGCUUGGCAGCGCCUUGAACAGGUAGAGAAGGGUUAUGAGGAAUGGCUUCUGAGUGAGAUAAGACGACUGGAACGCCUGGAACAUCUGGCUGAGAAGUUCAGACAGAAAGCCACGACUCAGGAAAUAUGGUCACAUGGGAAAGAUCAAAUCUUGGUGCAAAAAGACUACGAAUCUGUCACUUUGACCGAAGUGCGGGCUUUGCUGAGAAAGCACGAGGCAUUUGAGAGUGAUUUGGCAGCACAUCAGGACCGUGUGGAGCAAAUUGCUGCCAUUGCACAGGAGCUGAAUGAGUUGGACUAUCACAAUGCUGCUGGAAUAAAUGAACGAUGCCAGAAGAUCUGUGAUAAAUGGGAUAGUUUUGGAACUCUGACUCAGAAACGUCGGGAAGCUUUAGAGAGAACCGAAAAGUUACUGGAAACAAUCGAUCAGCUCUUCCUAGAGUUUGCCAAAAGGGCUUCUCCCUUUAUCAACUGGGUGGAAGGAGCAAUGGAAGAUCUACAGGACAUGUUCAUUGUUCACAGCAUUGAAGAGAUCCAGAAUCUUGUAGCAGCUCACGAACAAUUUAAGGCCACCCUUCCUGAAGCAGACAAUGAGAGACAAGCCAUUCUGGGAAUCCUCAAUGAAGUGCAGAAAAUAAUGCACACCUAUGGCAUCUUGACAUGUGUGGCAAAUCCUUACACCACCAUAUCCUGUGAAGAAAUUAAUGCCAAAUGGGCAAGGGUGAAGCAACUGGUUCCUCAGAGAGACUCGGCCCUGCAGGAGGAGGUUGUGCGGCAGCAUUCCAACGAGCGUCUCCGUCGCCAGUUUGCCAGCCAGGCUAACGUAGUUGGGCCUUGGAUCCAACACAAGAUGGAGGCUAUUGGUCAAAGUUCUAUUGAGAUGAGUGGAGCCCUGGAAGAUCAAAUGAACCAACUGAAACAGUGUGAGGAAGUCAUCAUUAACUACAAACCCAAUGUGGACAAACUAGAAGGAGAACAUCAACUUAUUCAAGAGGCUCUCAUCUUUGACAACAAGCACACCGGCUACACAAUGGAGCACAUCCGAGUCGGCUGGGAGAUGCUCCUCACUACAAUCGCCAGGACUAUCAAUGAAAUUGAGACGCAGAUUCUAACCAGAGAUGCUAAAGGAAUCACCCAGCAACAAAUGAAUGAAUUCCGGUCUUCAUUCAACCACUUUGACAGGGAUAAUUCUCGCACGCUGAGACCAAAGCUAUUCAGAGCCUGCCUCAUCAGCCUUGGACAUGUUGGAAAUGAUAAACGGAAGAAGAAUGGAGCAAUGGAUCCGGAUGAUCUUAGAGCUUGUCUCAUCUCCAUGGGCUUUGAUCUGGGUGAGGCUGAGUUUGCACGGAUCAUGAAUUUAAUUGAUCCAAAUGAUACCGGCAAAGUGACCUUCCAGUCCUUCAUCUCUUUCAUGACCCGAGAGACUGCUGACACAGACACAGCUGACCAGGUUGUGGCUUCCUUCAGGAUUCUGGCAGGAGAUAAGCCUUACAUUCUGCCUGAGGAGUUGCGCCAUGAAUUGCCUCCCAAACAGGCUGAAUACUGCAUUUCCUGCAUGCCACCCUACAGAGGGCCACCUAGUGUACCAGGAGCCCUGGACUAUGUCUCGUUUUCAACUGCGCUGUACGGUGAAAGCGAUCUGUAAUAAAGAAUUCUGAUACAGCCUUUUCUUCCCUUCCUCAGCCUGAAUAUUUUAGUGAUUGAAAGUGUAGAUUAGUGAAUAACCUUGAAUGCAAUACUAGACGUGAAUGUCUAAAAUUGAUGUUAUGCUAAGCAAAAUGAGAAAGUAUGUCAGCCUGGUAUGAGGUAUUAGUAUUAUGUAGGGGAAAUCCAUUGGCAUUUAAUGGCACUGUGCGACUACAAAAUCUGAUGCAUGAAUAAUAUGACUUAAAAAUGUGAACAUUUAUUCUUCUUGGUAUUAAAACCGAGUCGUAGAUGACUUGCUUGAUAGAUUUGUUCACCAAACAUGUAGGAAUAUUUAAACAAAAAAAGACACCAAGUGCUGGAGUAACUCAACGGGUCAUGCAGCAUUUCUGGAGAACAUGGAGAGGUGGAGUUUCUGGUUGGGACCCCUCUUCAAACCCCUAAACAUCACCUAUCCAUAUUCUCCAGAGAUGCUGCCGCCUUCUUCUUGCGUAUGGCGUGCACAGCCUAAAGUUGUAAGACAACUUGUUCUGUUUGAUCUUCUGUUUAUGCACGCCAGGUUGAUUGCAUUCGUCGAAACAGGGUGGACCACGUGAAGGUUACAAUCUCCAACCCCUGAUGUUGCCUGACCCGCUGAGUUACUCCAGCACUUUGUGUCUUUUUCUGUAAACCAGCAACUGCAAUCCCUUGUAGCCACAUGUAGGAAAUUACCACUAAUACUU